GAUCGUUUCCCUCAGUAAGUGACAAUAAGAAUGAACGGACAUAUAUCAAACACCCCUCCUGGUGGAUAUGGAAGUUAUUUUCCUCAAAUGAAUGGCUAUGGUUCCCCAACGUUUGCUCAGGCAGAGAGGGAGCAGAAUUCAAGAACAAGUGCAAAAGCUCUUUAUGAACAAAGAAAGAAUUAUGCACGAGACAGUGCCAGCAGCAUAUCCGAAACUUCGCAGUAUCACGUAGAGCAUUUGACCACCUUUGUUCUGGACCGAAAAGAGGCAAUGAUUACAGUAGAUGAUGGAAUAAGGAAGCUGAAAUUGCUGGAUGCCAAAGGCAAAGUGUGGACUCAAGAUAUGAUUCUUCAAGUAGAUGACAAAGCUGUCAGUUUGGUGGACUUGGAAUCAAAGAAUGAACUGGAGAAUUUUCCUUUAAGCACAAUUCAGCAUUGCCAGGCUGUGAUGAAUGCAUGCAAUUACAAUUCAAUUCUUGCAUUAGUAUGUAAAGAACCAACCCAAAACAAGCCUGAUUUGCAUCUUUUCCAAUGUGAUGAGAUUAAGGCUAGCUUUAUUCAUGAAGAUAUUGAAAGUGCAAUCAGUGACAGCAAAAGUGGGAAACAAAAGAAGAGGCUUGAAACACUGAGAAUGAUAUCCAAAGCUGACAGCACCAUCCCGCCGCCGCCGCGAGCACCUGCCCCUGUGCCACCGGGAACCAUCACCCAAGUGGACGUGAGAAGCCGCGUGGCAGCGUGGUCCGCAUGGGCCGCUGAGCAGGGGGACCUUGAAAAACAUAGACCAUACCAGGAUCAUGAAGAAACAGCAGAGAUGAUAGCAGCCAGGAUUGACAGAGAUGUUCAAAUUCUGAACCAUAUUUUGGAUGACAUUGAGUAUUUUGUAACCAAACUUCAAAAAGCUGCUGAAGCCUUUGCUGAACUUUCGAAGAGGAAGAAAACGAAGAAAAGUAAAAAGAAAGGACCUGGAGAGGGGGUUCUUACUCUCCGUGCAAAACCACCACCUCCAGAUGAAUUUGUUGACUGCUUCCAAAAAUUCAAACAUGGCUUCAAUCUUCUGGCCAAAUUAAAGUUCCAUAUCCAGAAUCCUAGUGCAGCUGAACUGGUUCAUUUUCUAUUUACCCCACUACAUAUGGUGGUACAGACAACAGGAGGUCCAGAGCUUGCUGGUACAGUACUCAGCCCCCUCUUAACAAAAGAUACAAUAGACUUCCUGCGUUAUACUGUCACCAGUGAGGAAGGACAGUUAUGGAUGUCAUUGGGUGACACAUGGACCAAAGCCAGAGCGGAUUGGCCCAAAGACCAUUUUAUUCCACCUUAUGUCCCCCGUUUCCGAAAUGGUUGGGAGCCUCCUUUGCUGAACUUCAUGGGAGCUCCAAAGGAGCAAGAACUCAAUCAUUUGGCUGAGUCCGUGGCAAACGUUGCAGAGCAACAGCGAAAGCAAGAAAUGAAAAGACUGUCAACUGAGCCUCCCGGUGUUCCCGACUACCCUCCGUCUGAUGGGUAUGCAUUCAGUAACACCGUUUACAAAAGAGGGCCUCUGCUGGACCAGGGGGCGGCUGUUGCUGCCUUUAAGCAAACCGUUAGCCGGCAUGUAGAUAGAAACUAUGAAGCACACAAUAAAGCACAGACCAAGAAAUAUGCCAAAUGCAAGUACGAAUUUAUGGCAAGAAACAACAGUGAGCUUUCUGUCAUGAAAGAAGAGAUAGUAGAGAUUCUGGAUGACAGAAAGCAGUGGUGGAAGGUUCAGAAUAGAAGUGGCAGCACAGGCUUUGUGCCAAACAACAUUUUGGACCCUCUGAGGAGUCAAGAAGGUGGUCUAGGAUGGUCAGAGCCUGCAUAUACCCGCACCAUCCAGAAACAAAGGACAGACUACGUUGCAAAGCAACCUGAUCCAGUUCCCGCUACUCCUUCACCACCUCCCACACCUGCUCCAGUCCCCGUGGCUGUCCCCCUCCCUCCUAGCGCACCAGCACCUAUACCAGUUCCUGUGCCCAAAGCACCAGCAACCAUCAGCCGCCAAAGCAGCACCUCUAGCGACAGUGGUGGUAGUGUUGCACGAGACACCCAGAGGCAGAAGCAAGUCCCUGUGGAUCGCAGGAAAUCGCAGAUGGAGGAGGUGCAGGAUGAACUUGUCCACCGGCUGACCAUCGGCCGGAGCGCUGCCCAGAGGAAGUUCCAUGUGCCACGACCAAACAUCCCAGUAGUUAACAUCACUUAUGACUCUUCACCUGAGGAUGUGAAAGCAUGGUUGCAGUCCAAAGGAUUCAACCCUGUGACUGUCAAUAGCCUUGGUGUGCUGACGGGUGCUCAGCUUUUCUCCCUCAAUAAAGAGGAACUGAGGACUGUUUGCCCAGAAGGCUCUAGAGUCUACAGCCAAAUUACGGUACAGAAAUCUGCCUUGGAGGCUAACAGUGGUAGUUCAGAACUGCAAGAAAUUAUGAGAAGACGACAAGAAAAAAUCAGUGCAGCUGCCACAGAUUCAGGUGUGGAGUCCUUUGAUGAAGGAAGCAGCCACUAAAUGUGUUUCCUCUUUAAUUCUAUUGUCCAUAGCAUUGUACCACCCAGCUUUGCUUUAGGAAGCAGUGAAGGGGAAUGUCUUACUAUAUCAUAGAUGUAACUAGCCACCAUAAAGAAAAUUUACAGUAGUCUCCACAGAAGUACCUGCUGCUGGCUUGUCAUCAUUAAAAAUGAACAGAUGAGAAAUUCAGUGGAAGUUCCUGACAGGUGAAAAUAUUGGCACAUGACUCAUUUACACACGAAGAUGAGUCUUUGCUUUAUGGAAUUAACAUGACAGUUAAACUGGAACGCAUCUUCGUGAUUCAUCCAAGGGAAGCUGAGCCAGCAAUAAAACAGCAUUUGAACCCUUCAGUAAUAAUAAGAUUCUGAAUCCCAUCUCUUGCUGUAGUGUGCAAUUAUGUCUUUUUGGCUCAGUCCUUCUUGUCAUGCAUUUGGCUGCAGGAUGUUUACUUAAGUCGUUGAUGCCAGCAA